CCCCCGCCGCACCCACACUGGGGAGAACCCGUACGUCUGUGGUGACUGUGGUGAGAGCUUCACUCAAAAGUCCCAUCUCACCCGGCACAUGCAGACCCACACUGGUUGGAAGCCCUUUGCCUGA